UUCAGCCGGAUAAGUAACUCGUCAGCAAGAAACGGGAAGGCUUCGUCACCGAGGUCCGCUGCACCUGCUGCAACUUCCUUGGCUCCCAAACGGCUUAAACAUCCUCUUCCAUGUCCGGCGGUUUAACGAUGGAUCAUACUUUCCUGCCUCGGUCCAUCUGGACCGGCGACAGUAAAUUCCUCCAGCAUUCUUCGGAUCUCUACACCAGUGUGGUAGUUACGCGCAGCAUCCCUGCAGGCACGUGCUUCGGUCCGUGCGUGCUCCAGAACACUUUCUACGACUCUAUCGCCUUCAUAGCGCAGAAAUCCUGUGACAAGAGAGCGAAAUCCUGUGUGUUCAGGGUCGAUCCUGAGGCCAUGCGUAAUUCUGCCCUGGUGCUGUCUUGGUUGCGGCUCGUGCAAGCUGCGCGCAACGGCGAGGAGCAGAACACAGAGGCCUUUUUGAAAGGGGGUCAGCUGUACGCGCGGACUACCCGGGAUAUCCAGCAGGAAGAAGAGCUGCUGAUCUGGUACGACCACGAGCUGUCUCAUCUGCUGGGCUUCACUGACAUAGCAAAAGGGUCAAAAGAAGAAUUAAAAUGUGGGCGAUGUAACCAGGUCUUCAAAAACGAGCAUCCCUUCCUGGCUCACUGCCGAUUCUUGUGUGCUCACGUAAAGACUGAAACCUGGAGCCGCGAGCUUUAUGAGCACAAGCACGUGGAAAUUAAGAGGCAACGCCGAGUGACAGAUUUCCACAACAUUGCCAGAGAUUUGGAACACAAAAGAACUGGAAACAACGACGACGCGGAGACUUCCCCGAAGAAGAGAAAGUAUGAGGAAACUCUUUAUCCAAAAUGGAGAAAAACGGUUCUGUUAGAGAAGACUAAUAUUUCAAAUGAUGAUAAUAUUACACCACCGACUAAGAGUUACGACCAGCCAGCAGGAGACAGCCCUUCAGCUGAGGGGAAACUGAAAGCUGACACGUUGAAACUGGAUCUUUUGGAACGUAAAAGUGAGGAGCUUGUUCAAGGUGAUGAAUCCAAGGGGACUUUUACGCACGACAGAGAGCUGGACGCGCGGAUGGAGACAGGAGGGGAGGGCUCUGGCAUGCAUUUAAGCAGCAACAGUGCAUUUUCUCUGGUGAUAUCGAACAGCCAGGGCGAACAGAAAAGCGCAUUUUGUAAACCGAGUAAAAGAAGUUCUCUUGUUGACCCCCAGGCUCACCCCAGCAGAGGUUCAACAGCCCCCUCUAGCCGCCUGGAGGAGAUGACGAACGCAUUUACCUCUAGGACGUCUGUGGGAUACAAUAAUCUGAUACCAUCCAACAUCCUGAGCAGUGACUUACAGACUGUACCCUCCCCGGUAGCAUUAAACACUGCUUUCCAUUACGCGCCGGAGCACUGGUCUAGAAACAUAGGCGCUCAGCUGCAAACCACAUCGUCCCUCACGAUCCUUCCUCCGACUUUUACCACAUUCGGCGUGUCGGUGCAGAACUGGUGCGCCAAAUGCAACCUUUCCUUCCGCAUGACCUCUGACCUCGUUUUUCACAUGCGCUCUCACCACAAAAAGGAGUUCGCUGCAGAGUCUCAGGUGAGGAGAAGAAGGGAGGAGAAACUUACCUGUCCAAUCUGCCACGAAUACUUCCGAGAGCGGCACCACCUGUCAAGACACAUGACAUCCCAUAACUGAGAGAAGAGAAGGGAAAGAAACUCUUUAUUUAUUAUCUAAAUGCUUCUCAUAUUUAACAAGCUUAGACUCCAACCCAAGGCAAGACUUUAGUGUAUAUCUUUGAAUGUAGGUAGCUGUAUAAUAACAAAACGGAUACACAUGCCCAUCACAGCUUGUCCACUAGAUGACGAUAGAGGUGCGUGUAAACUGAUCUCAGUGCAGUUUGUCCACUAGUUCAGUAUGUUAAGUUGUUUUGUGCCUUAUGGAACUCAGGAGGGACAGAGAGGUUUCAAGGACAGCUCAUGAUUGUCACAAAUAUCUCAAAGCAAUCCUCUUAUUUAGACCAUUUGCUUUUUCCUCGAUCUAAAUUGUACAGGAGGUAUGGGUUGAGUGUGUAUGCACAUUCGUUUUAAAAUCUAAAAUUAUAUAAAGUAGAAAUAAAAGUGUGUGGUGUAUUUUGUUCCAUCAUCAUAUUGGUUAAAAUCAGAGGGUCAGUUUUUCCAGUUCCAACAGGAGGCAACUGAGACCACCAUUUGCCCUGUAUUGAUCAUUCAGUGUGUUUAAAUAUAUAUUAGACACGUUUGUUGUUUAAUGUAUGCACCCGUAUAACAUUCCUGUGGCAUUUGAGAUCUGUAUCCAGCAUUUUAGUCUGCUUUUUGAACAAAUGAGCUGAAAAAUGCCAUAUUAAGCAGCUCAUUUAAACAGGAUGCCCGCUAAAAAAACAAAACAAAUUAAAAAAAAAAAUCAAUUAUUAGUUUUAUAAACUUCUGAGUUAUCAUUCAUCUACAGACUUGGAUGUAAUCCAGGUAGACUGCACCACUUUGAACUUGUGAUUUUAUGUUUAUCCACCAAUCCUGUACCGCUUACUUUCCACUAGGGACAGGCUGUGGACAGAUGGGCAAAAAUAGUUCUCUGUUGCAGGUAAAUGAGCCGAGAAGAAGGCAUGAAGUUCAUGGAAAAGUCAAGUGUAGACCUUGUCCUGUCAGUCUAUAACAAAAGGAGGGAUGUAGUUCCCCAUACAUUGCUAUCUACCUUAUUUGAUUAAGUCAGUUUAACUUCCCUGGAAAAAGAUUUCCUUCAUUUUUUUUUACAAUCAGAAGAACAUCAUCCACAUUUUAUAACAGGGACUUAAACCUGUAGAUGACACGAAAACUGCUCAAUAUCCUCUGACAAUUUUAUUUCUUUGAAUAUGUAUUGAGUUUUAAACCAGCACUUACAUUUAAGGAGCCCAAAUACUUGUUUCCCUACUAAAAUAAUGCUUGAUAAAAGGUCCCCAAACUUAUUUCAAUCUGGUAAAAAAUGGAGGUUUUAGAGUUUCUAAAGGAAAAUAAGAUUUCACAAUAAAAAGAAACCUAGUCUAUAUGAUUAAAUGGGCGAUUAAGAGACACAGUAUCACUCUAUUAAAGCCAUGUUCUAAUAAACAGCACUAUUGCUUCUCUGAACUCAGUAACCAUGUGAGGAAAGAGCUAUUUCAGCCCAGACACAGAAAAUCCUCUGUUGUCUAAUAAUGGCCAUAUUGGUCUCCUUUAAUUGAACAGUCAUCAUAUGGAAAAACAAAUAUUGUUCUUGGUCCCCUGCUUGCCUCGUUUCAUUUAGGCUUUUAGGCAUUUUGCGCUCUGAACGUGAGCCUAGACUACUGUGGUUUUCUUGGUUGGAAUUGACCAUUGUAAGUACUCUCCUGUGACCAUGAUUGCGGUUGACAUGGGGUUCACUUUCUAAUAGCAGACUGUAGGUCCAGACCGUAAAUGGGAUCAGUUAAGAAAUUUGGUGGGGAGGAACAAAAAAAAAAAAAAGAUUUGAAUUUGUUCAUUACAUUUAAGCCAGCCUACUUUAAAGCUACAACUUCUAUUAAUGUAAACAUGAUUUAUAUAAGCCCUAAUUACAGUCAUCAUCCUAAUUUAAAAGGUGGUUAGGUGCUGUAAAUCGUAACAUGGUUUUGCAGUUACUGAACAUUUCCACUUGUGUGGAAUGGAGAAAACUGAAUCACGCUUUUGUACGUCAGGCAUCUCUCCCUCCCCUCCUGUGUCACACGCCGCUAUCUUCAAACGUGGAUUUAAAGAUCAUCUUUUUGUGUUUCUUGUCAUCUCUUCUUUACAAAUUUCAGUAAAACAGAGCUACACUUUGUAUUUUCAAGUUUCAUUGUACCACUGACCUCCACCUUUUUUAUUGGCUAAAAGGAAAUGUUCAGCUGCUUCUACAGGGUGCUCUAAAAAGAGCAGACACAAACAUAAAAUGCAUGUGAGUAAAAAUAUUCACAAUCUUUUAUAAAAGACGCAUCGCUGUCUAUUGUAUCUGUUGGUACA